AUGUCCUCGCGAAGACGAAAAAUUUCCGUCGAAGACUCGUGGCGUAUGGUUGACGGCGAGAAUGACAGCUUCGAUACGUCCCUCAUUCCCGGCGCGACUCCCAACGAAGACGAAGAUGACAUUCUCAUCCCGCUGUCCAGCGAACAACCCUCGUCCGGCUUUCCCUCGCAGCCACCUCCUAGCUCACAGAGUCAGCCGAAUUCCAGCUUCGACUCGCAAGAUAGCCUCCACAGCUUUGUCAAGCACCGGGCGGAUAGCAACGUCAUUAUGCGCCAGCCGUUCAACCCCAGCAUCCCCCCAUCCAUGGCGGCCAGCAGUAGAGACAGCUCACGCCUGGUCCAGGGCCCUCGCACGCCAGAUCCGCAGUUUAGAAUGCCGACGGUGGAAGUUAUCAGCCGCGAUCGCAGGAGCUCCGGCCAGAGCUCACGCACAACUCGCCCCAGCGCGGUGAGCGGCAGUUCCCGCGGCGAUGACUCGACAGCCGUGAAACGACGUGGGCAUAUAACGCAGUCCAGUCCCGUGAAGCGCCGGAGCACACGACACAGACCGGAGCAUGAUCAUGAUGACGCGUAUAAACGGGACCGAGACGAUUACGGGCCUCCCCUCCCUUCCAUCUCCGUCGGCAUUGCACAAUGGGCGGCCGCCGUGGUCGGUCUCGCAUUCAACUACGCCAAGCGCCCUCUCGCGCUCCUCCUCGCAGUGUACCUCUCCUGUGGCGCCAUCAUCGUCACCCAAAACAUGCUGCAGAAGUCUGUCUAUAUCUCGCUAUCACCCAUUUGUCGGGUGCCUGGCGCUUCCCUUCUGAGCCUGCCGUUCUGCCCCAGCCCUGGAAGCCAGGUCGACAGCGACGCGCCGGACGGGCGCAAGGACCCCGUCGAGUUUAACGACCUGAUGGGCGUGCAGUCCAAGUUCGAGGACGUUCUGGAACGGAGCGCAGAGGGUGUGUCGCUGCCGCUCGAGAUGAAACGGUCUGAGACGAGCUUACGAGACCUACGCACGCUGGUCAAACGCAGCGACAUCGAAGCACGCGACGAGCUGCUCUUCGAGCUCGACGGCUUCAUCGACACAGCGCGACACAGCGCCACCGACCUGCAGCGCUUUAACACGCAUGUCGGCUCAGCCGUCGACGCCGUCAUCAUCAUCAACCGCUGGACCGUGCGGUACAUUGACUCUCUUGCGCCCCUCGAAGGCGGUGGCCCUUCGACCUCCUCCCUCGCCAUCUGGCCCGGCUGGCUCUUUUCGCCUUUUCAGCCCGGUGAUCACAUCUUCAGCGAGCACGUCUUGCGCGACAAGUACAUUGAGCACACGAUGCUCGUCUCAGAGCGCAUCGCCGCGCUGAUCCUCGAAGCGCAGGCUGUCCUGCGCCUGCUCACAAGGGCCGAGGACCACCUCUCCCUCAUCUACGACGUCUCGUCGCGUUCCACCGAAGCGCUCGAGUCGCGGCGCGACGAGAUCCUCAGCAAGCUCUGGACGAUCGUCGGUGGCAACGCCGGCCGCCUCGACCACCUCAGGGGGCAGCUCAACCUACUGAGGCGCGUGGACGAGCACCGCACCUCCGCCGUCAACCAGGUGACGGCCCUCGUGCUCGAGCUCGAGGCCAUCCAGGCCGGCCUCGGCGACCUGCGCGACCGCGUCGCCGAGCCCGCCGUCCUCCGUGACGCCGGCAGCCCCGCCGCCUCCCUCCCCCUCACCAUACACAUUGAGACCAUCAACAGCGGCGUCGAGCGCCUCGAGGCCGCCCGCCGACGCAUCCGCGCUGCCGAGGACGGCCGCGUCCAGGAUGCACUGGCCAAAGGCGGAGUGCGUGACGACCAAGGCAGGCUGAUCGGCGACACAUCGAGUUAG